UAGAUAUGUGGCACUCUGCGCAAGCGACGUUUCUUCGAAGAAAUUCUGAGUGUUCGUCUUGUUGAAAGAAAAUCGGAAUUACAAUCCUCCUUGCAAAUCUUAGUGGAUUUAUUUUAAGAUCAGGCAAAGGACGAAUUGUUCGCACAUGAAGGCUGCUCCUCCUGGCCGUGUCCCCCAUGCCUUGGCCCACAUGUCCCCGCUGGAGUGCUGACAAGUCAGGCGCUGGCACUGCUGUCUGUGGCCACAGCUGAGAGAGAGAGGGGUGGGCACGGGGCCUGGCGCCCACCGCACGGGUACUGUCCCAGCCGGACGAAGAUGAACAAACUGAACUUCCACAACAACAAAACCAUGCAGGACCGCCGCUGUGUCUGUGUCUUCCUCCCCAAUGACGACACGCUCAACAUCAUUGUCAACGUGAAGACGUUGUGUCAGGAGCUGCUCGUCCAGGUGUGUGACCUCCUCAGACUCAAGGAUUGUCACCUGUUUGGACUCAGCGUUAUUCAGAAUAAUGAACACAUUUACAUGGAGCUGAGCCAGAAGCUCUCUAAGUACUGCCCUAAAGAGUGGAAGAGAGAGGCAAGCAAAGGCAUUGACCAGUUUGGACCCCCAAUGAUCAUUCAUUUCAGGGCUCAGUAUUACGUUGAGAAUGGAAGGUUAAUAAGUGACCGGUCGGCCAGGUACUAUUACUACUGGCACCUGAGGAAGCAGGUACUGCUGUCCCAGUGUGUCCAGAGGGAAGAGGCCUACUUCCUUUUGGCAGCCUUCGCUCUGCAGGCAGACCUGGGAAACUUCAAGCGGAAUAAGCACUUCGGGAAGUACUUUGAACCAGAGGCCUACUUCCCACCCUGGGUCAUUGCCAAGAGAGGGAGAGAGUACAUCCUGAGGCACAUCCCAAAUAUGCACAAGGACCAGUUCGCCCUCACAGCCUCUGAGGCCCAUCUCAAGUACAUCAAGGAGUCUGCGCAGCUGGAUGAUGUCACCGUGCACUAUUACAGGCUCUACAAGGAUAAAAAGGAAGUGGAGGCCUCUCUGACUCUGGGACUGACCCUGCGUGGAAUCCAGAUAUUUCAGAAUGUGGGAGCAGUGAGACAACUCCUGUAUGAUUUUCCCUGGACCAACGUAGGCAAACUGGUGUUUGUGGGGAAGAAGUUUGAGAUCCUCCCGGAUGGCCUCCCCUCGGCCCGGAAGCUCAUCUACUACACCGGCUGCCCCAUGAGGUCCCGGCAUCUGCUGCAGCUGCUCAGCAACAGCCACCGCCUCUACAUGAACCUGCAGCCCCUGCUCAAGCAGGUCCGCCGGCUGGAGGAGAACGAAGAGAAGAAGCAGUACCGCGAGUCCUACAUCAGCGACGCCCUGGAGCUGGACAUGGACCACCUGGAUAAGCGGUCCCGGGCGAGCGGCAGCAGCGUGGGGAGCGUGUCCCGCCAUAAGCGGCUGUCGCGCCACUCCACGGCCAGCCACGGCAGCUCGCAGACAUCCGGCAUUGAGGCGGACAGCUUCCGCACCACGGGCCAGGCCCCCCACCGGCCCCUGCGCACCUGCAGCAGCUCCACCACCAGCCACGGCAGCUCGCACACCUCCGGGGUCGAGAGCGGGGGCAAGGAGCGCGUCCUGGAUGACGAUGAGAUAGAGAUGCUGGUCGAUGACCCUAAGGAUUACGAGGAGCUGCAUGAGCUUGCGCUGGAGCUCAGCCAAGACCUGUGCAUUCACAUCACCGAGGACAUGCUGACGUCCGGGCAGACCAACGGCUACUCAGGGCUGAUUGUGAAGGACAUUAGCUCUUCGACUUCCAGCUCCUCGGAAACCGUGGUCAAGAUGCAUGGCCAAAGUAUCGAGUCCCUCCCUCAGCCGACGGUGUGCAGGAAGCCGCAGACCUCCACGGACCGCCACAGCCAGUCCCUGGACGACGUGCGGCUGUACCACAAGGGCUGCCUGCAGUGGGCGGAGCUGUGCCAGGACACGGCGCAGAGCUACACGUUCGGCUGCGGCCGCGAGCUGAGCGACGCCGGCUGCCACGGCCUCGCCGACCAGUGCGCCGGCAUCCGCGACAACUCCGCCUUCCCAAUCAAGAGGACCAGCAAGUACUUCUCCCUGGACCUCACCAGCGACGAGGUCCCGGAGUUCGUGGUGUGACAGCGGCGGCGGGAUCGGACACACACGGACAGGCCUCGGUGUUUAUUGCGUUGAGGGAUGGGGGAGAGGCCAGAGAGAGCUGGGCUCUGGGAUGCCUUCCAGUGGCAUGCUGGGAAGACCAGCUGACAGCAUGCGUAGAGAAACUAGUGGCACUCGAAAUAGGACGUGGUUAUCCCUUAUUGUGUGUGUCAGCCUUGAGUCCGAGACAGAUUUGUAGCAAAUAGAAGAGGGGAAAAAAAAACAUUGAGGAUUUUCUCCAGACGGGAUUUUAAAAAUGAAUGGAUCGCACAGAUGAAUUACGCAGAUGUACUGAAAACAUCCACCCACACCUCUUGCAAUUUGACUUGUUCCACAUGGGCGCUGUCUUGUGUCUGACUCCGUUGCCAUGUGGAAGUGGAAUUUAAAAGGGAAAUAAGGGAUGGAUGCAGAAUCUGAUUUCAUUAAUAUUCUUUUUUUUUUAUUGAAACAUUUGACUGAAUUCCCAAGGAAAAGUAUACGCCUCUCUCUCACAGGACUGUAUGCAAACCCUGGCACUUCUGAGGGAGUGUCUUUUCAUAUUGAGGUUUGCGGCAUGGUGGUGAUGCCAGAGAGCUGAGGACACCGUCACAUCCUGAUAGGGCCCGGCUCUCAUCCUGCGGAGUCUCUGAGGAAGCCAUGGCAACCUUGACCUCCUGUUUGGGUACUGAGGUUGUGAUCGUGCUGCAAGCUGAGAGCCCCCUCCUCUGCUGUGCAAUUCAGCUGCAAGCCUGCAUGUUUGUUUCUAUAGGUUGCCUUUAUCCCCGGCGAAGUAGUCCAUUCUUACAUUUUAUCCGCUUACAGUAACGACAGACACACUCCUCAGCUGAGACAUGAAGCCAUUGAAGGUCCCCCCGAUCCCAGGCGACCUCAGAGAACGGAGGAGCCUUCCCUUUUGCGAGGGCAUUGCGUCAGCUCCGAACCAAAGAUAGGCCUCGCUGGAGCUACGCGAGCGAUCAUCUCGGCAUGGAUACGAGAGUGCCAGUGACUUGCAGGCAUGUUCAGCGCUCGUUACGUAACCUCAGAGACGGUACAGUUUAUGCAAGAGGGAACUCAUGAAACCCAUGGAAUGCCGCAGUUCAUGCCGGUCUCAACUGCAAUGCCACGGCGUCCUGCGGCCUGCGCUGACAGGCCAUGGAGAAGAGCUUUCUUGUUUGAAAUCUGAUGAGGAGCGCUGGAAAGAACUGAUAUUCUCUCACCCCUUGUGUCUUCCCUCUCUCCAUGUAAUCUCCAUGUCUGACCCUGUACUUUUCGCCAUGUGCGUCGUGCCACUGUUUUCUACACAGAACAGUCUCCUGCAGAAAACUGCCAUAAAGCCCUCUGUGCCUUUCCAGCUCUAUGCAGGUCCAAAAAUCUUAAAAUUUGCCUCGACAAUCACAGGGCAGACAGUGUAAAUCUCACCAAGGGAUGUGGAAAUUGUUCAUAUUAUAAGCUGUUCUAUGCUUUCAUUUUUUUGUUAGUAGUAGUGGUAACCAUAUUUAAUUUUAUACAUUCACUGUUUCACUUUGUAUGCCCGACAAAAGCAAUUCCAGAAACCAAGGAGCUAAGAGAUUGAACUUAAAAUGAGGUCAUCGCUUUCUUGAUGCUAGAAGGGUCACGCAAAGGAUCUAGAUCUAUUGCUCUUUUAUGUCAACAAAAUGUGACCCAACAGAAUGAUUGGUGUUUCUAACCCUCUACAACAUAUCUCUCCAGUGGGUUUUCCCAAGUCUCUCUUGGUCCCUAGGCGGUAUGUGUUUGCACACGCAUCUCCAUAUUUUGUCGGUUGCUAAUGACGGAGCCUGGAAUCUAUGAUCAAAAUAUAACAACCCCUAUAAGACUGAUGCAAUGCUUAUAAAUGGUUCAGU